AAAAAACAUCAUUUCAGCUUACACUAAUUUUCUCACAGGACAAAACAGCCCAACCCAACCUUGAAUCUUGUCUAAGUCGUCGGAAGAAAGAACGAAAAGCUCCCAUGGUCGUGGCUACGAGCUCCGCCACCUAAAAACGACCGAAAACCUGAUUCGGUUCCAAGCUCAAACAUUCGAGGUCAAUGGACAGUGAUGACGACGAUUUCGGUACUCUUCAUCAAGAAAACAUGGAUGUCCAACUUAAAACAUCAAAGGAUUUGGACUUGAAUGUGGAGCAGGACAAUCGCAGCCAAAAAGUGGUCCAUGCUAGUUGUGGUACUCACUCCACUUUUUCCUCAAAAGAUGAAGUUGGUGUAGAUUCAAUAUUACAAAUUGGCACAGAGUUUGAUUCUGAUGAACAUGCAUACAAAUUCUACAACAAAUAUGCUAGAUUGGUUGGCUUUAGUGUUAGAAAAGACUGGGUAAAUAGGAGUAAGGUACAUGGUCAGGUGGUAUCUAGGAAGUUCACCUGUUCUAAGGAGGGUUAUCGUCGGAAAGACAGAAGAGAUGUUAAUGUGAGGAAACAUCGGAAGGAAACAAGAACUGGUUGCUUGGCACAUAUGAUUAUUACUCGUCAACCUGAUGGUAAAUACCGUGUCACACAUUUUGAAUCUCAACAUAAUCAUGAUAAUGUCAAUCCAAGUAGUGUCCAAACAUUACCACUGCAAAGAGAAUUAAGUGAAGAUCAAUAUAAUGAAGCUGACUUGGUAGAAGAUUUUAGACCACAGUCAAAAACAGCAUUUGAAUCAAUGAAUAGGCAGUUUAGAAUCCGUGAUUCUCUAGAUGAUUUUUCUUUCAGUUUUAAUAAUUAUCUUCGAACUGAAAGAAUUCGAGAUAUGAAGGAGGGAGAAGCAGCACGCUUGAUGCAUUAUUUUCAAAGGCAGCAUUUUGAAAAUCCAUCAUUCUUGUAUGCAUUACAGCUUGAUAUUGAUGAUAAGGUGAGUAAUAUUUUCUGGGCUGAUGAUAAUAUGGUAUCAGAUUAUGACCAUUUUGGUGAUGUGGUUUGUUUGGACACAGUUUGCAGAACAAAGGCAGAUCAUUUUCCAUUUGUACAGUUUGUAGGAGUGAAUCAUCACAAACAAGUGGUAAUCUUUGCUGCUGCACUUUUAUACGAUGACACUGUGGAAUCUUAUAAAUGGCUUUUUCGAACUUUUCUAGAGGUAAUGUCUGGGAAGACUCCUAAGGCCAUACACACUGAUCAGGAUGCAGCAAUUAUUGAGGCAAUCCAUUCAGUCUUACCAGACACAAACCAUUGUGUUUGUGUGUGGCAAAUGUAUGAGAAUGCAGUCAAAAACCUGAGCCGUGUUGUAAAAGAUACUGAAUCAUUUGCUAGUGAUUUAAAGAGCAGUAUUUAUGAUUCAAAGGAUGAGGAGGACUUCAUUCAUACGUGGGAGGCCAUGUUGGAAAAAUAUAGUCUUCAACAAAAUGAGUGGCUAAAGUGGAUGUUUAGAGAACAAGAAAAAUGGGCUGUGGUAUAUGGUAGAAAUUCCUUUUUUAUUGACAUGAAGGGCUCACAUCUUGGUGAAAGUUUAUUUAAUGAUUUGAGAGACUAUCUAAAUUCUAGCCUUGACGUGCUACAAUUCUUUAAGCACUUUGAGAGGGUGGUAGAUGAGCAACGGUACAAAGAAACAGAAGCUAGUGAUGAAAUGGAUAGAUGUAUGCCAAGACUUAUGGGGAAAGUGGUUUUGCUGAAACAUGCAAGUGAUGUUUACACCCCAAGGGCAUUCGAAGUUUUUCAACAAGGAUAUGAGAAGUGCUUAAAUGUUGUUGUUAACCAGUGCAGUGAGAAUGGACCAUCAUUUGAGUACAAAACUAAGAAAUUUGGGCAAAGUCGAGAAUACAAUGUUAAAUUUAACUCUUUGGAUGAUACAGUUAUAUGCAAUUGUAGAAAGUUUGAAUGUGUUGGAUUCCUGUGUAGCCAUGCAUUGAAAGUUCUUGACCAUAGAAAUAUAAAAGUAGUUCCCUCCAGAUAUAUAUUGAAGAGGUGGACAAAAGAUGCAAGGUUAGGGAGUGUGAAAGAGUGCAAGGAGUUCCCCACCCAUGAUAAUCCUAAAAUGAUUGUAGCAAACCGUUACAAGGAUUUGGGCCACAAAAUUCUAACCUUGUCUGCCAGGGCUUCUGAAUCUGAGGAAGCAUAUGUAUACGCUUAUAGACAACUUGAUGAAGUGAUAGAAGGGGUUGAGAAAAUAUUGAGAUUAAAACCUGAAGAAGCUCGAGCAGUAACUUCGACUAACACGGGCGUAAAUGCUUCUGAAAAUGAACAAACACAGGUUUUUAUAAAUGGAAAUGCAAUUGAUGAUAAGGAUAACAGAACAAACCAAGGGGAGAGAGCCGUAUUGGAUAGAGAUCAUCUAACUAUUCUAAAUGAAAAAGGCUCUGCUACAAAAGGAAUUCCGAAUGUAGAAAUGCACCCACAAAGUACUAUUACCUGUAUUUCUAAUUCCCUUCCGGUUUAUGUUUCACCUCCAGCCACAACAGGAAAUCCCAUUAUGCAGGGUUUAUACAAUUUUGAAGCAAAUCAGGUGGUUAAGAGCAUGUACCAACAACCAAAUCUUGUUAUUGACCUGCAAACCAAUACUAACAUGUACCAACCACCGAACUUUUAUACUAACCAACAGGAUUCACCCAGCCAAUCCCAAUUAUUACAGGAACCACUAAUCCAUAAUACGUACCCAGAAUCUGUAUCAAACACUACGCAGUUGAGGCAGGAAAUGGAUCUUGAUAUCCCACAUCCACAUUCAGCUUCAUUCUUGCUUUUUGAUCAAAGAUACAGAGCUCCGGAUACUCCAUAUCUUGGUCACGCUCACAAGUAAAGGAAGGAUAGAUGUUUAAAAUGACACCCUUUUCUUUUAAAAAAUUAGAUGUAAAUGUUAUUAGCGGCACAGCCUCAGUCAUGAAAUGCGUAAAUUUUGUUAAUUUAUUAAGUAGAAUCUAAAUAUAAAGAGCCAUAUUCUAUGUUAAAUAAUACUUGCAAAUUAAUUUCUCAUUUUUUUUUUUAUUA